AAAGAAUGGUGACAUGAAUUUGUAUUAUUGCCUAUCCGGUAUCGCAUCAUCAUCCACUACUAUCAAAUAUAAUACCUGCAAAUUGUAUAGAAAGAGCUAUAAUUGCAUAAUUAAUCAAAAAAGUUAAACGAAUUCAGUUUUUUCUUUGAGCCAUAGAAAGUGAACUAGAACAGGGGUGUACCGUACAGAGAAAAAUGAAGUUGAAACUUUAUAUGCAUCCGCUGUCUCAGCCAUCGCGCGCUUUAAUUAUCUUCUGCAAGAUUAAUGGAAUCGAAUUUGAGGAAAUCGUGAUAGAUUUAACUAAAGGACAGCACAAAUCUCCUGAUUUCACAGAGAUAAAUCCUAUGGGGCAAGUCCCAGCUAUUGCUCACGGAGAUUUUAAGCUAUUUGAGAGCCAUGCUAUACUUAUAUAUCUUGCCUCUGUGUUUCCUGGAGUUGCAGAUCACUGGUAUCCAACUGAUGUUCAGAAGAGAGCCAAGAUCCAUUCUGUGUUGGACUGGCAUCACUCCAAUUUACGCCGCGGCUCAGUUAUAUAUGGCCUCAACAGAACACUAGGUCCUGUAUUUGGGUUGCCCUUGAACCCAAAAGCAGCUGCUGAAGGUGAGAAACUUUUGUGCUCAUCUCUGUCACAGAUAGAGUCUGUUUGGCUCGCUGAUGGCGGACCAUUCUUGGUUGGAGGAGAUAAGACAUCAAUAGCCGAUAUCAGCCUCGUUUGUGAAAUCAUGCAACUCCAGGUUUAUAUAUUGGAUGAAAGCGAGCGCAAUCGGUUCCUGGAGCCAUACAAGAAAAUUGUACAGUGGAUUGAGAACAUAAAGAAUGCAACAAGACUUCAUUUUGAUGAAGUGCAUUAUGCCCUUUAUAAAUUUAGUGCAAUGCUAAAGCAUAAGUCAGAAGAUGCUUACUCUUGCAUUCAAUAGCAGUAUAAUGUUCAAUGGAAUAGGAGCUGUUAAUGACUCUUUGUUUGUUAAGUAUCUGUAGUAAUUUUAUGUUCAAUAUGUCUUUGAGCAUCAUUGCCUUGUUGGAGUAA